UUGGUGGUGUGGGGGCUUCAAUAACAGGUGUACAUCUCUCCGGUCACCAUUAAGUAAACUGCUUAUAGUCAUAGUACUAAAGUCAGCUGACUCAAUUGUCUACGUAUGGAAAUACCACCAAUCCCAUCUCUCCCUAUCAGGUAUCCUUCUAAAUGGCACACAGAUAAGGUAGGCAGCCUUUGAUGAAGUUGGAUGUUUGUGGGCUAAUCAAUCAACAGGCAAGUGUUGUGGAGGAGGAAUGACUUGUAGUAAUGCAGGGAGUGUGUUCAAUUUUACGACAGCAAUGCAGUGUCUAUAUCAGCUAUGAGAAUAUAAAAGCAGCUUUCUGAAGAAACUUGGAACUGGGAAAAAUGGAAAAUAAUUAUAUUAACACAACUGAUUACCACAGAGACAUUUUUAUCAGCAGUAACUGACAAAUUUACCAAAGUAAAGUGUUGGUGAAGUUUCAGUAACUUAAUAUCAGAACCAGUGAGAAAUAUAACACUGAAAUAUCAGUACGUAAGUGGAUUAUUGGUUUCUGAAAUCACACUACUGUGAUCAUGAAGAAACCACAAAGAGGCCAAACGACGACCCUUCCCGAAAUAAUGUUUACUUCAUCGAGUCUCCCUACCCGUGUCUACAUACACACAGGAACCUCCAUGGUUACUGCUGGACACUCCAAGGGUAGCAACGAUUCGCCCACGUUGGGAGCAGUGCAAGCUGCCAAAUCUGACCAAAAGGUUCAAGAAAUGAAUGACACUCCAAAAGCCAGAGCGGCUGAAGGUAAAACUGACCAAAAGACUGAACAAGCGGACAAGGAAUUCUCUGUCAAGGAUGUACAGAGAGGUAAAUCAAAAUCACAUGGGAACGGUACAAAAGUCGGCCAUAAAAAGCAGGUUUCUGACAAUGUGGGAGAGAUAAGUCCAGAUUUAAAGGAAAGUCUCAAAUUGCCACAGCUGCAACAAAGCUCCAGGUCUCCAAGCCUCACAGGUACCCCAAACCUGUCACCUCGGAAAUCAACUCCAAGUAUUUCCCCCAGACUGUCAGGAGAUAAAGGUAUUGAUGCUGGUAAAGAUCUUUAUACACAGGUUUUACAAAAGGCACGGAAAUCAAGGUCUCCAGAAAAGAGUCAUCCUUUCCCAGACGUCAAGAUAAAGUACCUGGACAAACGAGAGGAUACCAAGGAUAUGAUGAAGAAUCAAGAGAUGAUACCCAUUCCAUUCUCACACAUAGACAGGAAGGUCACUGUGGUGCGAAACGCAAUGUAUGGCAACUUUCUCCGUAAAUCAACCAAGAAACUCCAAGAUGAUCUACGUCAGACCAUGCGAGUCUACUCCAGUGAGAAGCACGAACUUCUCCGUCACCUUGCUAGUCUACGACACGAAAUGGACGAACUGAAAGCCUCUGAAUCCAGCUCUUCCCCAACCUCAUCCUUCAGUGACUCUUCCUCCUUCAAAAGUACACCACGCUUCUUUCAUGCCCCCAACCUAGCUGCAAACAAAGCACGAAAGAAAGGACGGAAACGGAAAAAUUCUUUAACAAGUGACGACAGUAUGGGAAGUCAAAACCAGAAAAUCAAAGAAGGAAUUUUACGUCUUCCCACAAUCAAAGAUGCAUCACCAGCCCCUCAGGAAUGGGAGUCUGGCAACUCCAUGCACACCAAUCUACCCCCUAUAGAACACCCCAAGGGGCUGGCCACAGCAAAGGCCCUGCUGGACAACAACUUUUCAAUACCUAAAAUAUCUGACCCCAGUCGUGAGGACAUCAGUGUUGCUAGUCUCAGACAGUCCAAUCGCGAAAAGAAAAAAGUGCAUUUCUCUGAAGAAAACAAAAUCACAGAAUUUGAAGUGAUCAGAUACAAUGAAAAUGAGGCAAAAAACUGGCGACAUGGUGGGGCAAACAGCCCCACUGAGUACUAUCGCAAACCUCGUGGCUCAAAAAAGGGAAAGGGUGAAAGAGGUGGGUCAAAAGGCACACUUGCACCUCUCAAGCGUCCAAACGAUCCUAAGGAAGCACAAAAAGUGGCUGCUGAAUAUAAAUCUUUAUACCUUUCUAUUCAUGAUCCGGAGGAACGUACCAAAACAUUGGCGGACAUUUUGUAUGCUGUUCGCAUGCGUAUGCAGGAAAAUGAACAGAAUUUAAAGUUUGGUGAAUCACCCCGCCCUGCAAAGACAAACAACACACUCUGUGAUUUUCUACUCAGCAAUAGCUCUGAAGAUCCAAUCCUGAAGGGCUCAGAACCAAGCAAGCUCGGCAACAAGUUCCAUGGAGCCCCAAACCAUACUGCUGCGAGAAUCGGCCGCAGAUCUCACUCUAUACAACUCCAGAACUAUUUACGCAAAAUGUCCAAAUCGCGUAGGAUGAUCGAACAUAUGGAAGCUGAGCAGUACCGUCUGGCCCACAUUAUCGGCCACAAACACCUGAUGGCUGCCUCCCAAGCUGCACAAGCAUAGAGAAAAGAUGUUCACAUAUCUAGGGAGUCCAAGAUGACCAUUUCUCGACCCAUGGCUUUAUGAAGUAUAUUUGUUGAGUUUCACCAUGACGUCUCGACCUUCGGUGGAUCCUUAUAUGGUAUCUGUGGGCCCUCAUUACAUUAGGGGCUGGAGUAGUGCUAUCUAACUGGUACCACAUGCGGUUCCCACAACUAGAAGCGUCUGUUUGAUGACUGGCUCUUUAACCCAUAGAAUUGUCAGAAGGAUUGAUGGAUGUGAUUUUUAACAGAAUAUAUGACCAUAUAUAAAGAGUUCAAGCAUUCUUUGGACAUUGAUCUCCCUUUUUUCAUUUUCGAGUUGGAGAUAGGUAAUUAGAGUGCUCAACAAUUGUACAAAUAAUUCUUACAUUUCUUCUGCUUUGGUAGAUUCUUAAUAUUUAUAUGGAUCGAGAAGAAUCCAUCGCUUCAUCACCAGAGGGUCAAAUAUACAGUGAUAUGUACUUAUACAUGCUCAGCAUCUUAUUUUCCUGGAUUUCUGUGGGGUUUGUUCACAAAAACUGUGUUGUAUGUGUUUCAUGUGAAAUUCCACAGAUUUUAACACUGUGAUUCUGUGUUGUUAGACAACAGCUCCAAUACCUACAAGUCUCGAAUAUUGAUACAGACUUAAGUGCUAUGGACCUAACGACCUUGUGUGAACCCUAUUGUCUGUUUGUCCAGUAUGUUUGACCACAACAAUUGGAUAGGAAGUUACAUAUCAACACUAAAAUGUUCACAUUUUAUUGAUGACUGAUCACAAUUUUAAAUGCUGUCCAAAACUUUGAUGAACAAUUAUUGAAGAAGUGCCUUACAGAUAUGUGUAGCCAUUGUUUUGGUCAGUACACAGUAAAAUUUUCACACAAGACUGUGCUGUUGUCAUAUGGGAAGUAUACACCUUCACCACAUAGACACAGUGGUGAGAUUAUUUUCACAACUCACUGAUAAUUGUAAGAAAAUCUGGCUCAUUUUAUGAUGGACAUGUCAAAAAUAAAAAAAUAAAUAAAAUAAAACCUAUUCUUGACGAGUAAAAUUCACAAAUAUUUAUUUUUCUAUCAUACAUCUACAUUUCAUAAAUUAUCGUAUUUAUCCUCUAGUCAAUUUGGUCAUGACAAGUGUUCUUUACAUAUUGUGCCAAUUGAUAACUAUUCCAACUGUUUCCAUGACAAUGGUUCUUCUGUGUCCAUGACAACCUUUCAUCUGUAAAAUUGUUUGACAAUGACUCUCCACCAUAACUAUCUAUUGUUACAGAAUGCUGAAAUUCACCAAUAAAUGUGUGAUCAAAAAG